AUGAUGUUAUGUGAUUCGAAGGCUAUCUUAUCACGUUUUGGAAGAUGUAAAUUCGUAUCAGAGAAAAUCAAAGACAAACUGGAAACACUUGUUGCAGUAACUAAUAAACACUUAAUUUAUCAGGUGAUGGCACAAACUAUCAAAUCUUGUCUGGAUAAGUUGCCAGGCAGCCCCAUAACACAGAUUUGCCUCAAAUUAUGGUCGUCUCAGAUUUGGAUGAUAUUUUUGUUCCGUUUCCAGAUGAUCUCCUUGUCAACAUAUGGCUUAUCUAGAGUUGUUAGCAUGGUUAGUUUUGGAGUGCAUGCACUUACGUUAAGGUAUUGGUAUGCAAAUUCACAAUCUGCAAAAAUAUUACAGAUAAUAGUAUUCCAUGGCAACAAACAAUGA